AUGGAUUAUUGUCACUUCUCUGAAUUUUUUUGGACUAAAUCUGUUGGCACAACAGUCAAAUUAAGAGAGACAAAGAUAGAAAGAGAUUUGGAGACGAACGAGGCGAGAAUAAACGAUAUGAUGUGGUGGAAGAAAAGAGUAAAAGAUGAUGAAUCAACAGCAUCAAGCAUAUCAUCAUCCACUUAA